CAUACAAAUGAUCGAGGAUGCAAAAUUACCAAGAGAUUAUCUGGAUCAAAUUCAUAAGUUUGGGUACUGCACGCGAGACACGGUCCAAAGGGCGUACCUCCGGAAGUCAGUAAAUGUAACGUUAUCGACCUAUCAAGAUACACAACUGACCUACAUCUAUCUUUUAGAAAGGAAGGAGACCGUACGGUUUUUCCAGUGCAUCGUUAUGAAAUCCUACGUUCCUGAGAAGUUUCUUUUCCUCAAGAGCAACCUCCACCUCUACUAUUGCCAAGGGAUAGCGUUUGUCUUGAUGAUGAAUACCAUCAACAGAUACGAAAUACACGAAUUCUUCUUAGGCCCCAAAUUAAACAUGCCUAUGAACUUUGUAUUCGAGUUCUAUCAUCCCGAAUAUGUGACUGGAAACCGACCCGCAAAGAUAUAA